UCCCAAUCAAGGCGUCAUGCAACCUCCAAAGACAUGACAGCCCGAGAAGAUAGCGUUCUGCGCGCAAGAGACCCCUCACUCGUCGACGAGAACGAUUGGGAAGAAUUUAGCUUGUCCGAGGUCAGAAUCCUGGUUCCUGGCAAGUCGCGUUAUGCCAAUCUUCUCACGGCCAGCCCAGAGAACCCGGUCCAGGUGACGGGCUGUCUGGAAGAGGUGGAAGAAGAGCAGGAAUCCCUCGUUCUCGAUCCGGAUUACCUUACGAAGCGCAUCGUACUCGACGAUGUAAGUCACUUUGCCUACGGCCAGCACAAUGACGGUGAGGUUGGGAUUUGGAUUGCCGGUCGGGCUGGCUGGUUCUCCAUCUCCCCCGCGAAGGGGUACCGGCCGAUGUUCAAUGAGGUUGUGGAGGCGAUUGACCUGCUCUACUUUCUGACCGAUCGACAUAAGCCGAAAAGGAGCAGUAGAAGGAGGAGGAAAAGUUGGGCGUCCCCGAGCCUGGAGCACCUGUGUGAUGAAUAUGUGCUUCAUACACAUGGGAUCUGUGAAGACGGCGACGAUUCAUUGGGAGUCUUCUACAAGCAUCAUAAUUUCUUGAUGUCACGCAUGAUUAGAGGUGAAGAAGACGUGAACUGGGCCGAAACGAGUAUAUUUGCGCAUCUUUGCGAAAAAUUCCCGGAGGACUAUGAGGAGCUACGUGCUCAAAAGGAAUCGAAGGAUGCUGAAACAGAAGAAGAAGAUAAUGGGGAGGACGAGCCUGAGGAUGAAGAUGUAGAGAUGGAAACCAGGGCAACUACGCCAGACGCGACAGCCAUCUCCAAGGCACAGGCAGACGCCAUUUACCAGAUCAUCCUUGAUCUUAAAGAGGCAGGGUAUCUCGCGAAACGGCAACUGAACCUAGAGUUGGUAACUUCGACUUUAAUGGCGCGCUUCGAAAUCGACGAACUGGAGUAUGCGCAGAACCUUAUAUCAACAACCGCUGCUAUCAUUCUUGAGUCUUUAAACAAGGCCAAGACGAAUACUUUUGACUGGUCUAAAAAGGUCAUCUACAGGGAGCUAAAAGCUGCUUCGAAAAAGAAUACUCCGGCAAAUGUGACAUUCACUCCGUUACGGCUGCGUAUCACCGAGGAUGAUAGCACCUCCGACGAAGAAAGUGAACAUGAACAGCCGAAGCAGCGAAGACCUCGCCAUCGGAAAUCUGUACUACGACCAAAGAGUCAAAUCGCUAGUAAGAGGACUGGAAAGCGGGCUCGAAGCACAACAGCCGACUACGAUCUCUCAGAUGACAACCAAGAUGCGACGGACGAGUUUGAGACUCCUACCAAGGUCCGCGGUCAUGACCUCGUCAGGGAUCCAUUGUCGACAACUAGGGCAAAACGCCGUACUCGAUCGAUUCUGUCGGACCCUGAGUCAACUCCUUUCAUUGAAAGGACGCCUCUACAGGAAACCCUCCAGAGUCGGAAUACCUCCGUCUCAGCUGCUGAGCCUGGGCUCGACACAGGAUCUUGUCAUGAUACUAAUCUUCCAGCUGACACUUGGGUAUGCAAAGUACCCGGCUGUGACAAAGUCAUCACCAAAUGUACCUCCAAGCGCGGCAAGGAACAGAUCCAAGAUCAUUCCCUUGCGCAUGCAGAUGAUACGAAGGCGAAGCUUGAGCUAGUUGAAGCGGAGAAAAGACUAAACGUCAACUUCCGCGUUGACAACCUGCUCAGUCGCAUUCGGGAUAUGGGAACUCUAGACGGCGCGCUGGCGGCUCUGAAUGGUGAAACGAACGGUGCACUUGACGAGGAUGGUACUUAA